CACAACAAACUCUCCUCGCUGCUUCCCUCCUAAAACACGUCUCCCGGUUUAUUUCCUGCGUUUCUUCCCCCGCGGGUCGCUGCUCCGCACCGGGAGGAGACAUGGAGCACGUGCACCUGGCGGUGGAGGAGGAGGACCUUUAUUCCGGUUACAACGACUACAAUCCCGCGUUCGACUCCGAGGAGUUGGAGAAUGACGUGGGCUUCCAGCAAGCAGUGAGGAUAAGUCAUGGAAGAAGACCGCCGAUGACGGCUAAGUUUCCUGGCUCUGCCAUUGGCCCUCGGCCUCUAGCGACCUCCUUUGGCGCCCGGAUCCCUCUGGCCUCUUCCAUGGGCCGGACCACCACCGGAGCUGUGCAGGAUGGAGCGGCCCGUCCGAUGACGGCCGUCAGAGCCGCAGGUUACACCUCAUCUCUGACCCGCGGCUCGACCUUUGACCCUCUGGGUCAGUCCAGAGGCCCUGCAGCUCCACUCGAAGCCAAGAACGAGGACACGCCUGAAGAGAAAAUCAAGAUCCUGGAGAAGAAAGUGAACGACCUGAUAAAAGAGAGCUGCAUGGCGCAGAGCAGCGGAGUCUCUCAGCUGGCUCUGGAAAAGGCCAAGGAGGCUGGGAGGAAGGAGCGAACGCUGGUGAGACAGAGGGAGCAGUCUGGCAACGCGGACCACGUCAACCUGGACCUCACCUACUCGGUGUUGCUCAAUCUGGCCAACCAGUAUGCGAACAACGACAUGUUCCCAGAGGCCCUGAACAGCUACCAGGUGAUCGUGAAGAACAAGAUGUUCAGCAACGCAGGUCGCCUGAAGGUCAACAUGGCCAACAUCUACGUGAAGCAGAAGAGCUACCCCAAGGCCAUCAAGUUCUACCGCAUGGCUCUGGACCAGAUCUCCAACGCCCACAAGGAGAUGAGGAUCAAGAUCAUGCAGAACAUCGGCGUGGUCUUCGUCCGCAUGGGCCAGUACUCGGACGCCAUCACGUCCUUCGAGCACAUCAUGAGCGAGAGCCCCAACAUCAAGACGGGCUUCAACCUCAUCCUGUGCUACUACGCCAUCGGGGACCGGGAGCGGAUGAAGAAGGCCUUCCAGAAGCUCAUCUCGGUUCCUCUGGGCGUGGACGACGAAGACAAGUACCUCCCGUCCCAUGAGGACGCUGACUCUGAGAUGGUCCUCGAGGCCAUAAAGAACGACAGGCUGCACCAGAUGGAGAGAGAUCUAAAAGUCCUGGCUGAGAAGUACAUCAUGACGGCGGCUAAGCUCAUCGCUCCAGCCAUCGAGACAUCAUUUGUGACCGGAUUCGACUGGUGUGUGGACAUGGUGAAGAGCUCUCAGUAUGUGGAGCUCGCCAACGAUCUGGAGAUCAACAAAGCCAUCACCUACCUGAGACAGAAGGACUUCAACCAGGCGGUGGAGACUCUGAAGACGUUUGAGAAGAAGGACAGCAGAGUGAAGAGCGCUGCAGCCACCAACCUCUCCUUCCUCUACUUCCUGGAGAAGGACUACGACCAGGCCGACCGCUACGCCGACCUCGCCGUGACCGCCGACCGCUACAAUCCGGCCGCCAUCAUCAACAAAGCCAACAUAAUGUUCGUCAAGCAGGACUACGAGAAGGCUGGAGAGUUGUACAAGGAGGCCCUGAGGAACGACUCCUCCUGCACCGAGGCCCUCUUCAACCUGGGUCUAUCCUACAAAGCACUGAAUCGUCUGGAGGAGGCUCUGGACUGCUUCCUGAAGCUCCACGCCAUUCUGAGGAACAGCGCCCAGGUCAUGUACCAGCUGGCCAACCUGUAUCCUACUGACCGGGAGAUGUGUGAUGACCCCCAACAGGCCAUCGAGUGGUUGCUUCAGGUCCUGAGUGUGACCCACACAGACCCCCGGGCCCUGGCCAAACUGGGAGAGCUCUACGACGGCGAGGGAGACAAGUCCCAGGCUUUCCAAUACUACUACGAGUCCUUCAGGUACUUCCCCUCCAACAUCGAGGUGAUCGAGUGGCUCGGGGCGUACUACAUCGAGACGCAGUUCUGCGAGAAGGCCAUCCUGUACUUUGAGAGAGCCACGCUCAUCCAGCCCACUCAGGUGAAGUGGCAGCUGAUGGUGGCCAGCUGCUACAGAAGAAGUGGGAACUACCAGAGAGCUCUGGAGACCUACAGAGACAUCCACUGCAAGUUCACCGACAACAUGGAGUGCCUGCGGUUCCUGGUGAGGCUGUGCACAGACAUGGGACUCAAGGAGGUUCAGGAAUACGCCACCAAGCUGAAGAAAGCUGAGAAGAUGAAGGAGAUCAGGGAACAGAGGGGGAAGUCAGGCAGCGCCAGAGGGCGGCGAGAAGGGAGAGAGGGCAGCGCCGGCAGUACCGACAGCAGCAGGAGAGAGCGGCUGAGCGCCAAGAUGAGGUCACUUCCUGCUUCCAACGAGCCCUACGAGGCCAGCAGCCCAAAGGAAAUGGACACGUCCUACGUGGACCCCCUGGGGCCCCAGACGGAGAGGCCCAAGACCGGAGCCAAGAAGCGCCUGGAGGACGACGACUUUGCUGACGAAGAGCUGGGAGACGACCUGCUGCCCGAGUAGCUGGGAGACCACCUGCUGACGAAGAGCUGGGAGACCACCUGCUGACGAAGAGCUGGGAGACCACCUGCUGACGAAGAGCUGGGAGACCACCUGCUGACGAAGAGCUGGGAGACGACCUGCUGACGAAGAGCUGGGAGACCACCUGCUGACGAAGAGCUGGGAGACCACCUGCUGACGAAGAGCUGGGAGACCACCUGCUGACGAAGAGCUGGGAGACCACCUGCUGACGAAGAGCUGGGAGAACACCUGCUGACGAAGAGCUGGGAGACCACCUGCUGACGAAGAGCUGGGAGACCACCUGCUGAUGAAGAGCUGGGAGACGACCUGCUGACGAAGAGCUGGGAGACGACCUGCUGACGAAGAGCUGGGAGAACACCUGCUGACGAAGAGCUGCUCUGUGGAGCUCGGUCUCAUCCUCUUCGUGAGGAGACGACGAGCUGCUCAAUGACUCGAGUUCACAUGCCGAUAAAGAGUGUAGACGCUGUAGAUCUGGACUGGACAGACGGCUCUUCUCAAGGGGGUAAACGGCUCUUCUCUAGGGGGUAAACGGCUCUUCUCUAGGGGGUAAACGGCUCUUCUCAAGGGGGUAAACGGCUCUUCUCAAGGGGGUAAACGGCUCUUCUCUAGGGGGUAAACGGCUCUUCUC